AAUUUAUAAAUAAAAACUGACCGUUCUACAUUCGGGUUUUAAACGCGAUCAAAAUCUCCGUCUAAAACAUUAUUUAAUCAAACAAUCAACGGAAAGGACCCUCUUGCAGUAAGCAUCCACCAUGUCAUCCUCGCCAGGCGACGGUCGUUAUGCAUUCAAUUCCCCGGAGAACAAAGACGCCAAACCGCUCUACAACUCCACGGACAAUUUCCUACCGCUCGGCUUCAGCACCCCUCAGCACAGAAACAGUGGACUGCACAGCUCGCACAACCGGAACUACUAUUCGGCACAGCCUAAGUACAUGCUCCCAAGGCAGCGCGGAUUCCACAACCGGAACCGGAACCCUCAACACCCGCAACAGCAGCAGCAGCAACAACAGGGCAACAGUGGUUCCCCAGCUAAUGACGAAGAACGCCCUCCCCAGCAGUGGAGGAACUUCCACAACCGCGAUUGGAAAGGGCAAAACUUCCAACAGCGGUCUCACAAAAAUCGGUUCCAGCAACAGAAUUUCCAGCGGAAUAACCGUUCUGGGAUGGGAAACAAUCAGAGCACAACAGAUAAUCAUGGCGGCAAAUACGACGUAAACGACUACGUUCACCCCUCGAUGUUGGAAGAUCCCUGGCGACAGCUAGUGCAGCAGAAUGAACGGAACAAGAGCCAGGAAGCAGACUCCAGUGACGGUGGCGGGGGAGGGGGAAGCGGAAGCGAUGUCGGGGAAGAUUGAGAAGGGUCGAGUUUUGAACACUGUGUAAUUGUUAUGGAAGGGUAUCGGGAUUCCUAACAGUUGAGAAACAAAAAACUGAUGUUAAUUCGAUAAGACAAUUGAAUUAAAUGAAAUACAUUCUCAAAUUAAUUAUUAAUAAACGAAA